CACGACACGAAUCGGGACGAUGAUGAUCUUAUCGACUUUACGUGCACUGGAGUGCACAGAAAAAAAAAAUAAUAAGAAAAAGAAAUCACGACCGCGUUAUGCCAUGUUAUUCGACUACGAGACUAUGGGAAUGAGAAGCAUAAUCAUCAUGAACUGCAUGAUCUGAACACGGAAUUCAUCACGCCAUACAUCACAUACUCUACCUCCAAUCCAUCAUCACUGCGUUAUAAAUUAUCCGGGGCGACCCACUAAUGCGAUUUCCUUACUCUUAUUUUCUUCGUUCAUCGUUGUUAUCGGGGCAUUUUGUUGAGGUUGAAGUUCUUUUCAUUCGCAUCCGCAGUCGAGAAACGAAAAUAUGGUGUGGAUUCCUGCUGCAUUUUCAUCUGCAGACCGGAUUUGUGAUGGUUAUCUUUCUUUCGCGUCGGUGGUUUAGUUUUAUCUUUUUUUCCUGCACAUUGUUCUUAUAUCUCGGGUGGUUAUCUGUCGUCUUCUUUUUUAAAUUUUUUUUUUGUCAUUUUCGCGUUCAUGCUGAUGUCUACAUGCUGGGUUCGUUGGCCGGAGGUUUCGUCAUAUUCUUUUCCAUUUAUCAUUUGCGAAAAGGAGGCCGUCUCAUUUCUAUUUCUUUCCGGUUUACGCGCGGUGUCCAUGUUUUAUUGUUUUCUACGUACUUGAUAUCAAACCUGGGAGGCUGUCUGAUUAAUUAUCUAUCUGUUAUGUUCUGAUUUUACGUCGUCGAUGCUUUUUCUUUUUACUGUUUUCGCAUUGCAUUCGCCAAGUUACUUUUACCUGAUUUGAUGCGUUUUCCAAGUCGUGUGAGUUUACGAGGUUU